AUGUUGCGUGAUCUAGUUGGUGCACGUUACGUAAUGGAGUUGGUAAUGUUGGAUUUUGAGCCGAGAACUAUAAUGAUAGAUACGAAUUUUGAAAUAGUACCGGUGGGUGCUUUUGAAAAUUUUAAUAAUUGGAUUAAUAGUAUUCUCAGUUGUCGAAUUACUGGUAAAUCUUUGAGUUUGGAUACGGGAAUUCAUACAGUUAAAUGUGGUCAUGAAUUUGGGAGUUUAAAAGAACGUGAAAAAUUAGUAAUGGCACAUUUAAACAGGUUGUGUGGAUGGCAGUUCAAAAUGACCUGUAGGAAGUAUAUGUGA